AUGAAAUAUAUUUUAUAUCUGUAUACUGGAAUGUUUUCCGGAAUCGACAGUGAUAAACCUGAAGAGCUACAAGACUGUUUACGAGGAAAGCUGCAAAAAGAGGCAAUCGUGAAAAAUACCAACGACAUUCUGGCAGACGAACAUGAUUUCAGGAAAGAACUCCGUGGCAGUGACUGCGUUGUUUUAGUAGGUUCGGGUCAAGCUUCGUCCCUUAUUCAGAACCAACAGCAAGAAACAGAAGACGGUUUGAUCAUUUUUGACGGUAAAGUUAUACAUGAAGAGUUCACAGGAAACAGAAAACUUGUGGAGAAACUGAUUAUGGUUUUCUUCACCGAAAAAAACAAGAAUGAUUGGAUCCCAACUGGUAUGGAUGAAAAAAGAAUUUUUCGUCUGAAAGGAGAGAAAAUUUGGGAGGGAAACCCGGCCCUUGACCACCUCGAAUAUACCAUAAGACGAGUACUGGGAGAGACUGUACUGGAUUGGUGA